AUGUAUGAAGAAAUAACUGACAUGAACAUUAAUUCCCAAGCCUCCCCAAAUCUCAAUCAAGGGGAGAAUAACUCGGUCAAGACAAAGCCGAGGGUCAAUAUUUCGGCCAAGACAAAGCCGAAAAAUAAUGAUAAGGCGGCCAAGACAAAGCCGAAGAACAAGAAUCCUAACACUAAUAACCCGGCCAAGACAACGCCGGCUAAUACCUCUACACAAUCAGACACCCAGUCCCAUAGGCGGGAGGUAGACAAGGGUAUGGAUAAAUCGGAAGAGACUGUUUACACUCCUUCCGAUCGGGGUAGCUCCUCAUCAAAGAAUAGGGCGGGCAAGAAGAGGCCUCGCGAUGACCACUCGUGUUCUCAUGACAAUCAGACUCAAAGUCUUGACCCACUACAACCCCCUGUAAUUCAGAAAAAGAGCCGACUGGCCCAGGAUUGUGACAGGUCAGUCCAUUCAUUGCCAGACCCCGCCGAGGCGGGUAGUUGGAUCUUGCAAGCCUUGCAGGCGGCCCUUCCCCAGCGGGCGCCGCCAUCGACCCUUCCAGACCCCGACCCUCUGGAUUUGCUUACCGCCAGCCCGGCAAGUAAUAGACAAAGUCGCCCGAGACAACGGUCUAAUGAAGACUCGACUCAUUCUAGACGUAGAGAGAGGUCUAGAUCGCCUCGUAACGGUCGCAGAGUGGGGGCUAAUGAUAACUCGCCUCGUAUUAGCCGUAGAGAAAAAGUAUUUUCCAUUGUGGGAGAAUCUGAUUCGGAAUUUGAUUACCACCGACCUGUUACAUCUCGCAGAAGAGAUUGGGGCGAUUUCUCACCAUCUAAUUCUAAUAGCAGCCCCGCGCAUUCCCUCCAAGCUGCCCAGCAUAUGGGAUUCGAACGAGGACAAUCACCAUUGGGGGUACGAGAGAGUUCUGACAUACACGAACGCGAUACUCCGGCUAGUGGGAACAGGCAUCAGUCAGCCCUGAUCUUGACUAAAUACUGCCCUCAACUUCGGGCCGAAGACAAUACUAGUAGCGAAACUGAGCGAGAGAAGUCAAUCUUCCGCCUGAACUCGUCCCUUACUCGUUCGGACGAAGUCAGUCCGGCGAUCAAGAUGGAUGCCCCGUAUAAAUCCUGCUUUUUCGGGGUCUAG